UAUCCGCGGGGGGCUGCGCGCCUCCCGCACCGCCGCCCCCGCGGGGCCCCCCCGUGCGACCCCCUCCCCUUGUCUUCCCCGGGAUUGACCCCACGCGGGAUCGGGUCCUUUCCCUACGCUCACCCCCCGACUGCCGCCCCCGCCCCCGCCAGACCCCGCGCGGGACCCCGCGACGGUCCCUCACCGCCCCCGGUCCCGCCCCUGCCUCAUCUCGGCCCCGCCGCGACCCCCGCGACGGCAGCGACGAGCCCGGGGGGCGAUGGAUCCCGGCGCCCCCCCCGCGGAGCCCCGCUGUGCCCUCGGGCCCCGGGGACCCCUCGAGCCCGUCCCGGCCGCGCUCUGCGCCCUCGGGGCGCUCCUGGGCCUCGGCUGCGGCUGCUUCGGCUACCGCUGCUUCAGGGCCGUCAUGUUCCUCUCGGGGCUGUUCUUCGGCUCCGCCGUCAUCUUCCUCCUGUGCCACCGGGAGCGCGUCCUGGGGUCCCCCCUGAGCCUGGAGGCGAGCGCGGGCAUCGCGCUGGGCAUCGGGCUGCUCUGCGGGCUCCUCACGGCGCUGCUGCGCAGCGUGGGGCUCUUCACCACGGGGCUGCUGCUGGGGCUGCUCGUGGCCGCGGCCGCGCUGGCCGCGCUGGCCCCGGCGGAGCCCCCGGGCAGCCCCUGGGUGGGCGCGGGGGUGGCGCUGGGGCUGGCGCUGCUCGGGGCUCUCUCCGCGCUGCGCUGGCCCCGCGCCCUCACCGUGCUGGGCACGGGCGUGGGGGGCGCGGCCGCCCUGGUGGUCUGCGCGGAUUAUUUCGCCGAGGGGGCGGCGCUGGUGGGGUUCGCGCUGGCCCGGCUGCGGGGGGCGCCGGGGGGGCCGCUCUGCUGGCCCGGGUGGGCGCUGCUCGGAGCGUGGCCCGCGCUCAGUGUCACCGCCGUGCUGCUGCAGUGGAAGGUGACGGCCCGAGGGGCACCGAGGGGACACGUCCUCAGCCGGCGGCAGAAGCGCCUCCGGCACAAGGAGCCCAAAGCCCCCCCCGGGGGUCCCCCUGGCCGCCAGCCCCCCCCAGCCCAGCGCUGCACGGACCCCCCGAGCCCCGGGGACCCCCGAGACCCCCCGAGCAGCACCUGGAGCCUGCGGGACCGGCAGCCGGACAGCGGGACCCCGCCGGGACCCCCCGACAUCGCCACCCCGCCCCGACACCGAGCCCCUCCGACGUGCCUUGGGGACCCCCCCAGCAGCGGUGCCUGCGCCUUUAAAUAAACAAAUGAGGUUCCUCGUGCCUCGCCCACCGGAGGGCGUGGCCUGCGGGGACGGGGCUUCAGGGCACAGGGGUGGGUGGGACCCCCGAGGGCUGGGGGGGGAUGUCCCUGGUUGGGGGGGGAGAGCCCUGUGCACCCACCCCACCCCUCCAGCCCCCGGGGACCCCCUUGAAAACAAAGCCCCACAUUUAUUUUUGUAGGACCUACCCAAAUACUGUGAACCCACCGUGGUCUCAGCCCCCUCUCCUUCCAUUGGAGGGGAGAAGGGGGUCCUAAAAGCCUUAACCUCCACCUUGGGUGGGGGCCUCACCCAGCCCUGGGGCCCCCCAGACCCCCCAGCCCUGCCUGACCCCCAAAGGACCACACAGCCCCCACCCUGGGGAGGGUCCAGCCGCCCCCCGAGCCCCCCCAUCCCCUCCCGGGGGGCCCAGGGCCGGGUCUCAUCCCCCCGGACAGGCCCGACCCCCCCACGCCGGGUCAGUGCUGCAGUUUUUAUUCUUCCACAAUUUUUAAAAAUAAAGGGAAAAAAGAGA